AUGGUUGAGAAGCAAGAUGGAAGAAAACAUAAUGUAUAUUUUCCAAAGCACAAGAUAACGAAGGAAAGUGAAUCCAUUCAGUGUGGACAGUACUUCAGAAAUAGAUCACAGCUCCUUGUGCACCAAAGAAUACACAGAGGUGAGAAACCUUCAGAAUGCUCAGAAUGUGGAAAGAGGUUCAGUAUGAGAGGGAAUCCUCAACAGCAUCAGAGAACCCACACAGCGGAGAAACGUUUUGAUUGUUCAUUGUGUGGAAAAAGAUUCAGUGAGAGGGGGAGCCUUCAAAAGCAUCUGAGAAACCUUACAAGGGAGAAACCUUUCCAAUGCUCAGUGUGUACAAAGAGGUUCAGUCAGAGUGGCUAUCUUCAGCAGCACCAAAGAACCCACACAGGGGAGAAACCUUUUGAAUGCUCAGAGUGCGGAAAGAGAUUCAGUAUGAGAGGGAAUCUUCAACGGCAUCAGAGAACACACACAGAGGAGAAACCAUUUAAUUGUCCAGUCUGCGGAAAGAGUUUCAGUCACAGUGACACUCUUCAACUGCACCAAAGAACCCACACAGGGGAGAAACGUUUUGAGUGCUUAGUGUGUGGGAAGCGAUUCAGUCAGAGUGGUCAUCUUCAACGGCAUCAGAGAACCCACACAGGGGAGAAACGUUUUGAGUGCUUAGUGUGUGGGAAGCGAUUCAGUCAGAGUGGCCAUCUUCAACGGCAUCAGAGAACCCACACAGGGGAGAAACCUUUUCAAUGCUCAGAGUGCGGAAAGAGAUUCAAUAACAGUCGCACUCUUCAGCUGCACCAAAGAACCCACACAGGGGAGAAACGUUUUGAGUGCUUAGUGUGUGGGAAGCGAUUCAGUCAGAGUGGCCAUCUUCAACGGCAUCAGAGAACGCACACAGCAGAGAAACCUUUUGAAUGUUCAGAGUGUGGAAAGAGAUUCAGUCAGAGUGGCCAUCUUCAACGGCAUCAGAGAACGCACACAGCAGAGAAACCUUUUGAAUGUUCAGAGUGUGGAAAGAGAUUCAGUCAGAGUGGCCAUCUUCAACGGCAUCAGAGAACGCACACAGCAGAGAAACCUUUUGAAUGUUCAGAGUGUGGAAAGAGAUUCAGUCAGAGUGGCCAUCUUCAACGGCAUCAGAGAACGCACACAGCAGAGAAACCUUUUGAAUGUUCAGAGUGUGGAAAGAGAUUCAGUCAGAGUGGCCAUCUUCAACGGCAUCAGAGAACGCACACAGCAGAGAAACCUUUUGAAUGUUCAGAGUGUGGAAAGAGAUUCAGUCAGAGUGGCCAUCUUCAACGGCAUCAGAGAACCCACACAGGGGAAAAACCUUUUGAGUGCUCGGUGUGUGGAAAAAAAUUCAGUACGAGUGACAAUCUUCAACGGCAUCAGAGAACGCACACAGCAGAGAAACCUUUUGAAUGUUCAGAGUGUGGAAAGAGAUUC